ACGUCCCCGGCUCCACGCGUGAACAAAUAUGUCACGUACACCCUGCCCAUAAGACGUCAACGCUUACCUCUCCCAACCCUAUGAGCGUCCAUGGACAGAUUGCGUCCCGCCAUGCGAAGGCGGCUCUACAGCCUACCUCAGCAGAUAGACCCCAAAGGCAGCAUCAUGGACGAGGAGGAAGACAACGAGGAGGACAGUGGCAGCAAAAGCAUCAGGAUGAAGGCGAUGCCUUCACCCCCAGGCGAGGGAGGAGGAGGCCGGGGGAACAGCAGCAGCGAGAGCAAGCCAGGGGAGCCGAAGCAGGGAGAGGUGGAGACGGUGGUGAGCAUGAAAUGCAACACGAACGGCGACUGCAGGGUGACCCGAGGAAGCCAGUCGUCCAUCAGCAGGGCAGAGCUCAACAGGGGCGAGGAGACCAAGUCGGACAUGGAGGGAGGGGGUUCCACCCACAGCGGGGACAAGAAAGAGAACAAAGUGGCUUUCUCCGCCGUGCCGAGCAGGAAAUUAUCCCAGCUUCAGCCCCGGGCGAGGAAUUCCGUCAGCUUCUUGAAAUCGGAUGGCGCUGAGCAGAUUGUGGCCGAGGAUGGGGACCAGCUCGGCAGCCAGGCGAGUUUCUUGCAGAGGCAGUUUGGGGCCAUGCUACAGCCCGGGGUGAACAAGUUCUCCCUGCGAAUGUUUGGCAGCCAGAAGGCUGUGGAGAGGGAGCAAGAGAGGGUGAAGUCGGCCGGGGCUUGGGUUAUCCACCCUUACAGUGACUUUCGGUUUUACUGGGAUUUCACAAUGUUGUUGUUUAUGGUUGGAAAUCUCAUAAUUAUCCCAGUAGGAAUCACUUUUUUCAAGGAAGAAACCACAACCCCAUGGAUUAUCUUUAAUGUUGUAUCUGAUACUUUCUUCCUUAUGGAUUUGGUCUUAAACUUCAGGACUGGAAUUGUUUUCGAAGAUAACACUGAGAUCAUUCUGGACCCACGGAAAAUUAAGAAGACCUAUUUAAAAAGUUGGUUUAUUGUAGACUUUAUCUCCUCAAUCCCCGUGGAUUAUAUAUUUUUGAUAGUAGAAAAAGGAAUUGAUUCAGAAGUUUAUAAAACUGCCAGAGCUCUACGGAUUGUACGUUUUACAAAAAUUCUCAGCCUUUUACGAUUAUUGAGACUCUCGAGAUUGAUUAGGUACAUCCACCAAUGGGAAGAGAUAUUCCACAUGACUUAUGACCUUGCCAGUGCGGUGAUGAGAAUAUUUAAUCUAAUUGGAAUGAUGCUUCUUCUGUGCCACUGGGAUGGAUGUCUGCAGUUUCUGGUGCCCUUGCUACAAGACUUUCCAAAUGAUUGUUGGGUGUCUUUAAAUAAAAUGGUGAAUGAUUCUUGGAGUGAGCUCUACUCCUAUGCGCUGUUUAAAGCCAUGAGCCACAUGCUGUGCAUAGGGUAUGGACGGCAGGCUCCACAGAGCAUGUCCGACAUCUGGCUGACAAUGCUCAGCAUGAUAGUGGGUGCCACCUGCUACGCCAUGUUCAUUGGUCAUGCAACUGCUCUCAUCCAGUCCUUGGAUUCCUCCCGCCGUCAAUACCAAGAAAAGUACAAGCAAGUGGAGCAGUACAUGUCCUUUCACAAGUUACCCGCUGACUUCCGGCAGAAGAUUCAUGACUAUUACGAACAUCGAUACCAGGGGAAAAUGUUUGAUGAAGAUAACAUACUGGGGGAGCUAAGUGAACCACUCAGAGAAGAAAUAGUGAAUUUCAACUGCAGGAAGCUGGUGGCCUCCAUGCCUCUCUUUGCCAAUGCCGAUCCGAUAUUCGUGACCGCAAUGCUGACCAAACUGAAGUUCGAAGUGUUUCAGCCUGGAGAUUAUAUCAUCCGUGAGGGGACGAUAGGGAAAAAGAUGUACUUUAUCCAACAUGGGGUGGUCAGUGUCCACACAAAGGGCAGCAAGGCAAUGAAACUCUCAGAUGGUUCAUAUUUUGGAGAAAUCUGUUUGUUGACAAGAGGCAGGCGAACUGCCAGCGUGCGAGCUGACACCUAUUGUCGUUUGUACUCUCUCUCCGUGGAUCAUUUUAAUGAGGUGUUGGAAGAAUACCCAAUGAUGCGUCGUGCCUUCGAGACCGUUGCCAUCGAUAGACUGGAUAGAAUAGGAAAGAAGAACUCUCUUUUGCUGCACAAAGUCCAGCAUGAUUUAAACUCUGGAGUCUUCAACAACCGCGAGAAUGAGAUUAUACAGGAGAUUGUGAAGUACGAUAGAGAGAUGGUUCAGCAAGUGGAACUACAGCAGCCUCUUGCCAUGUCUCUCACCCCUCCGUUUCGUGGCGGGCCCAUGUUCAAUUCUCAAGGCCAACUUGCUAGCAGUUCGGCAAUUGCUACCCUCCAGCAGGCUGUAGCUAUGAGCUUCUGUCCUUCAUCUACAGGGCUUUUCAUUGGGUCUGUAGGUGUGCAGUCACCCAGGACAGUCAGACGGCUGCACACUGUCCAGAGUUCAGCAAGCCCACUCUCUGUGUCCCCCGGUCAACAGUCGCAGACGCAGCAGCAACUGGCCUCGGUCUCACCAAGUCCUUAUCCUUCUGCAGUCUCCAGCCCUCCAAACCAAAGUCCGCUAGCAAGUCGAACUUUCCAUUACGGGUCGCAGGCACAAUCAGGCUCACAGUUAUCACUGACACAGCAAACGAUAUGCAGCCCAUCGCACCGCCAUGCUGUUCACAAGAGCACACAAGCGUUGCACACGGGCAGUUUAUCCCAAGAGGCAAGACCACUGUCCGCAUCACAACCCUCGCUGCCUCACAAUCUCUCCCAGACAAUAACCUCGAGCCCACCGCAGUCAACCCGAGAAUCGACAUCAUCAAUGGGAGGUCAGAUAUCCGCGCAACCGGCCACGGGAGGUCUCCAGGAAUCAGUGCGAGGAUCCGUCCCACCAAGAAUGGCCCUGACCCACCAAAUGUCCAUGGGCGCAAUAUUUCAGCCACCGGGGAUGCCAGGUGCGCAGCAGGACUCCGGCGUCCCCAAGAAAGAUUCAGUCGUGUGCGUUAUGGACACGGACCCUGGCAAAUCAAGGCUCUCCUCCAACUUGUGAUAUUUCAGGCACCGACCGUGCAUUUUUAGCGGUCAACAAGAGAUUCAAGGUUCAAAAAGAAAUCACAGACAGUUGUGUGAUCCAGAAAGGAGACGCUGCUGGUUACUGCACACCCUAAACUAAUUAAACACCCCACACAUCUUAUUCCUGUCACACUGAAACUCCAAAUCUGUGCAAUUGUUUCAGUGUCAAAACGUAUAACAAAUGAAAAUGUACAUAAACUCAGAGUCCUUUGAUAGGGUUACUAGCUUUCAUUUCUUUUACCAAUUAGUCCGUGUGAGUGUUUUUAUUUCAGGGAAAAAAAGUCUUAUUAUGGUAUUAGGUGUUACAGUGUUGCAAACAUAGUACUGUUGUAAAAUUAGGUGUCAGUUGUUAGCCCAAUACAUUUUAACGUUUUAGGAAAUUGUUGCUGUAACAUAAAGCAGCAGAACAGACAGACCUUAACCUUUUUUGGACAUGUCUAAGCUAGAAAACAUGUUUUUAUUUUAAUAUUAAAAAGGAGUUGUGUUUUUCCUUGUACAGUGUAGUAAAACCAGUUAAUAAUGGUAAUCUACUGGUGCGUCACAGGCUAAGGGAGAUUAAAUCAAUAGUUUCCUUUGACUCUUCUGUAUAUAACUAGUACCUUGAGAGUUGAUGGAUUCCUAUGAGAUUUUAAAAAAAAAGCCUGAUGUUAUGUAAAUGGAAAUGAUUAAAUGUGUGUACCAUUCGGACCAAAAGCAGUUCUAUGUGAAACUGUGUGGAAAAAUGCACUGGUGGAUUUUGAAUAGCAGAAUGCACUCGAUAGGUAACUUACAUUUUUCUUAUUGGAUUAGUGCAUGGUGUCAUCGCCCAACAGUCUAUUCAGGUUCAAACGGUUGUGUGGCGUAAAAGUGGCAGUAUGAACAAGUUGCAACAAUAACUUGGUAUAUUCCUUUUCUUCAACAUGCAAUAGUAACAACUGAACCAGUUAGCUGAGUCAUCCAUUUUGUAUAUAUGGUGAAAAGGCACACCUCACUGCAAUAAGAGUGUUGACUUAGUUCAUAAAUACUUCCCAUGAAGUUUUAUUACUAAUAUAACAAAGUCUGUACAGCAUUAAUAGCCGUUCUAAAUAUUUAAAUGCACAGCACAACUCUGACCAUGGAGACCUUUUAUUUCAAAUAUCCCAACAAACAUUUGAAGCUGUUAGAAAAUAGAUAGGUGCUUUGAUUUACUUCUUCAAAAGGUGGGAGAAUGGGGCUGGGAGGGUGAGAUAGACCAGCCAUGAUUGAAUGGCGGAGUAGACUUGAUUGUCCAAAUGGCCUAAUUCUGCUCCUAUCACUUAUCACCUAAAAUGAUAUAAGAUCCAUAGCUGCUUGUUCAAUUAUUGUCUUUGACAAAAUGAACAUCAUAAUUGUUAAUGCACAUAAGAUUGCAUUUAAACAAAUUUAUAAUCUUGAGUUGUAUUUUUAAUUUUUUAAGUUUGCAUACAGUGAUGUAGCUGUGAUCCUUUACAUUCCUAUAAAGACAAAAUAAUUUGGUGAAAAACAAAGUCUUCAGUCUGAAGAAGGGACCUGACCUGAAACGUGGCUUAUUCAUUCCCUCCACAGAUGCUGAGUUACUCUACCACUUUCUGUUUAUUUUCUUUUUAUAGCAGUCCCUUGUGUCUCCAAUAUGGUGGAAAUACUGAAUAAACUGGAACAACAGUUAAAUACUUAAAGUCAAAUCACUUUAAUAGAAGUACAAUGAUAACACCAUGAAACUAAAACUUUGUGGGAAUUAUUUAGAUAUUUCUGGUUUCUGAUUGAGUUAAUAUUCUGAGACAUUGUAGUUUAUAAUCCUGCUGCUCUAUUAAUGGCCUUUACAAAGAAUGUAGCUAUUUUUUAUCAAAACAAUCAUAUUAGCUUUUCUCUCAAAACUAAGGAGCCUAUAAUCAUUGCAGCCAUAUCUUUAGAGUAGAAAGAAAAUGUAACAGGUAGGUAUUUUUGUUGAAUGUAUAAACACAAUUGGGCAAAGUUUGCCAAUUGUUG